AUGAGCCGCGAAUCUGUUGGCUGGGUGCCUCCUCGCCCUGAAACUGACCUGGACGUUGUUGCGGUGCCUGCCAUCGGCGCAGACCCCAUACGCGCAUGGUCGGAUGAGAAUUCGGAGACACCAUGGCCUGUUGCGGAACUCGCGACGCAUCUUCCCCGUGCGCGCGUCUUGCUAGCAGACCACGGGAAGCUCAAGCCUCAAGCUGACCUAGAAGAUUUGGCGAACAAACUGUUAACACAGCUACAUGACCAAAGACAGUCGACGAUCAGCAAACGUCCGAUCGUCUUCAUCUGCCAUAGCACUGGCGGCCUCGUUGCCAAAGCAGCGCUGAUUAUCGCGAGCCAGUCACCGUCCAACCUCCAGUCCAUUUACACAAGCUGCUAUGGGAUCGCCUUUUUGGCAACGCCCCAUCAGGGGUCCAGCUACCUGUCCGCGCCGGAGUAUGCCAAAAGCGUCCACCACCUGCUACAGCUAAAGUACCGUGUCCCGCAUCGGCUACGAGAAUUCUUUCGGCCGCGGCAUCCGCAUCUCUUGCAUAUGUCUAGUCGCUUUAGGUCGAUCUGCGCCGACAUGAAGCUCUGGACCUUCCUGGAAACGGCCGAGUCGAUUUUGCCCAUCACGGAUUCGGUGACGAAAAGCACGGUCGAGAUGCACGUUCCCAUCACGUCGAUCAGGUCAGGAGUAUUGGACUUUGAACACGAGAAAGAGAUACCCCUGGCGACCGACCACGUCGGCACGGCAUGCUUCAAAGGUCAAGAACGGACUACCCGGAUGGGCUUUAUCAAAGAAUUACAGUAUUUUACAAAGGCAGCCCUUCGCCUAUCUGCAAUGCGAGAUAAUCCAUUGCAUGUGAAAAGGGAAGUCAAGGUCCAAGUCAACGGCUUUUUUGAAGAUCCUGCGCGGGGGGUCAGCGAUGAGACGCCUUUGAAGCUUUGGUCAACAAAGUCAACCCUGCAUGAUUAUAUAAAAAAUGGCCCGUCUAUCUGUCUCGGGGAACGUCUCACGCAGACGGGCGGAAUGCCGACCAGUCCGCUGGAUGAUUCUUCCGUGAGCAGCUUUGACAGUAGGCCCUCUUCCCCUUACGGCUCGUCCAUGAUGGAUGAAAUGCAUGGCGGCGGGAUGUCGAAAGAGACAGAGCCAGCUCCCGCGCGGCCGUCGAUGAAGCAAAGCCGUAGCUUUGUGGUACAGAGAUCCCCCAGGAUUCAUGUCACAGAGCCAAUAACUGGAAAUUACUUUGACGAAGAUUCAGAGCAGAAAGAUGAAUCAGAGCAACGAGACUCUGAAGAGCUCGAUCCCCGUCGCCCGGAAGAAGAGCCUGCACAGGAUGUCCAGAAAGUUGAGCCUGUCAGACCGUCUUCUGGAAGCUCUGGUACCGGUAGUGUAGAACUAACCCACAGGACGAGUCUCUCGGCAAAAUAUAAGAAGUUUCUUCCCAUUCCUACAUCAAUGAGGGAGCGGCUCAAUGAAAUGACCUCCGAGGCACCUCGAGUGGCCCCCCGUUUCGAUCGACCAGAACCGGGCACCGAGAAACUCCUUUGGAUUCAUGUUCCCUAUACCCAUACCGGAUGGGUUCCUCCAGUCCUGGGGAAAGCCUGCGACGAAGACCAACAAUCAGAAUUCUUUCGAAAAGUGCUCAACGACCGGAACUGGUGGGCAAACUUAUACAACGGGCAUGUAGACCCGCACUCGCGCUUUGUGCGGCCUGCUUGUAUCCAUUUUCGACAGAACAAUCCUUCGCCAAUGGACACGCCGGGAGCGCCUGAUGAUCCUCGACUAGCGUUAUAUCUUCCAUACCUACAUUGGGACACCUACUGGAAUCUCGUACAGCGACGAAACAUCAUAGAAGAGAGAGUGCGACAAGGGCGGUCGAAACCGGCUCCAGACCACAUCGCACAAUCAGACCUGGAAUCAAAGCUCAUCUGGAGAUACCUAGGCUCCGACCCCCCAGUUCACAUACGGCGAACCCUCGACCAGUUCGGCUAUCCGAAUCUGCGGUCGACGGAGGCCAGAGACGACGAUCAGAUGCUCUGGAAACGAACCCGGAAAGCCAUCGACCUCAACGAGGAACUGGGCGAGUCACCCCCGCCACAAUACAGAACACAGUCGCCCAGAAAUUUCACGGACGGCAAGGUUCUCAUGGUCGAUCAGCUUUGGCUAUGGAUUGUGGACCAGAAAACUGUCGUGACGUUCUUCCCCAAGCAGGAGCCUACCAAAGCCGAGGACAAACUCUACGAGCAGACAAACCUGCACAAUAGCAUCUACAACGAGUUGAACGGCGAUCUGGCGAGACGCUUCGAAACCGCUGGCGAUUUGGCCGCGUUGAUCGCCCUGCACGCUGUUACCGUGCUUCUCGACAGGACGCUAUACUAUGACCUGCAGGUUCUGCGCAUAUUCGAAGAGUCGAUUGGAAUCUUGACUGAAUCCGUAACCAAAUCAUUCAAACGCUUCCGAAACCGCGGCUUCAACACCCACCCAGCAGAAUACAACAAGAACGCGGACGGCAAAACGAUGACUACCAAAGAGCGCAGCGAACGAGACGAGCUCAUCGCCCGCCAGAACCGCGAGGACCUGUCCGCAUUGCUGGAGCUAAGAGACAUCAUAGACGAGCUGGGCACCAUCACCAAACUGCUCGACCAGCAGCACGCGACGCUCGAAGUCAUGUCCGAGUACUUCGAAGACAAGGGCUAUGGGAGGGUGUUUGUCGACCAGGCGCUUGCCCGGAUAGACGACUACCGCAGUCAGACGCUCGAGAUGAAAGAGAAUGCCUUGCUUGCUCAGAAAUCCGUCGAAAACCUCCUUGACCUCAAACAAAAGCAAGCCAACGUCGACGAGUCCCGCAUGGCACGUUGGCAAGCAGAGGUCACGCAGAGCCAGUCGCAAGCAGUGAUGGUGUUUACCAUCUUCACAGUCAUCUUCCUGCCCCUCUCCUUCUUCACCUCCCUCUUCGGCAUGAACGCGAGCGAAUGGAGCGGCGAACCCACGAACCCCAGUCUAGCCACCAUGUUCGAAAUAGCUGCCCCAACAUCAAUAGCGAUAAUAGUCGCCGCCCUAAUAAUGGCCUUCAGCGAACGCCUCCGCGAUGCCGUCUCCGAAGCGCACAAAGUAACCUUCACAGUAGCCAAAGACGUCUUCCUCGCCUCCUUCGCAGCCUUCACCCGCCUUAUCAUCUUCACCAACAAGCACAAGCACCGCCAUGACGACGACGACGACGACGUCAGCUACGACAAAACCGUACCCACCGGCGGAGCUGGGGACACAUCCUCCGUGAAGAGCAAAAUAAGCAGGUACAGGUACUUCCGGCGAGGGAACAAGCAGAUCCGCGAUGAUGAUAUCUGGGGAAGACAUGUGAAUGGCGGGAUGGCGCCUUCGCCGCCGGGGGAGGUGGAGACGGGGUAUGUUUCUGAGAAGGGGGGUGGGUUUUCGAGGCGGGGAACGAAUUUCACAUGA